CAUCUCACCUAGAUGUUUCUCCCUGUUUUAAGGGCCACCUCCUCUCUGUUUCUUCCUUUUGUCUCGAUUCCCUAUUCCCUUCAUGGUUCCGAAUCGCAUAUUGCCUUGGUGCUGUCUUUGUUUCCUGCACAAACCUAGUAUCAUCUUCUUCUCUGAAACAAAGCACUACUGAGAUGAAUCUGAUUUACAUAGAUCUAGGGUUUGAACACUGUUUUGCUGUUGAUUGGGUUGGUAGGGGGUGGAUUGGCUCUGCUUUGGACAGAUUUUCAGUUGCAACAAUGGGUCCUCGUUUCCUUAAUGAAUUUCAACAGCAAGGGAUUGAGGAGUACCAUACCCCCCUCCUGUUGAUUAUUCAUUAGGAAUAGAUAGGGCGGUUUGUUGCUGGAAUCCCUUGUUCUCCCAGUGAAGCUUCUCCCAGUGAAGCUAGUUAAAUAAGAGUAAUUAAUGGCAAAGGGUGGAAACAAGAAGGAAAGUACUGGGCCCAAUGAAGCCCGAAAGCCAGGACGGCCUCGAGGACCACCAGUGUAAGGAAGAAUUGAAGAAAAGGAAUGAGGACAAAAAGCGAAAGGAUAGAGAGUAUCGGGCGAACAGAACGCACGAACUCAACUUAUAUAGGGCCUUUAUUGAAGAGCCCGAAAUUGCUGGCUUGUUCAAAGCCUUCAAGGAAAAGAAAGAACAAGAGUUCAAGGAAGAAUUAAAGGAGCUUGAGAAAGUUUUGAUGGUGUGAUUAUCUGUGCCUUACUUCCUUCCAAGUUUCAACCAUGCCCCAUUUCUUUUUGGGUUAUAAUAUAAAAGUCCCCUGUUUAUUUGUGAGAACAAAAAAUGAUUUCAAAUUAAUGAUUGAAUCUAUAUUGUUCUGAAUUAUAGUUUUAGACUGUUUCAUGUUUUCCUUCUACUGCCCUUUGUCUGAAUCUUUUCAACUCUUUCUCUGAAAUUUUAGGAGGAUGUAACACCCGAUUCUUCUGACGAGGACUUGGAUGCUUUUGUUCAGUCUCUCCUGAAUCCUAAAAUGCUCACAGGAAAUUCGGCAGGUAUGU